AUGUCAACAACAUAUCAUUACGAUGAUGACGAAGAAGAUGAAAGAGUAAAUGGAUCAGUCUUGACGACAACGACUACCACCAACGAAGAGAAUGAAUACAAUGAUCAUAUAGGUGGUAGUAGUGAUCCAACUGCAGAGAUUAAUAUGUCAAGUAACAAUAUAACAUCUUCUGAUGCACUAUUGCCUCAAUUUACUUGGAGAGCAGUAAUAGCAGGUGUAACAGUUGGAGGAUUAAUGUGUUUUAGUAAUAUGUAUUUUGGUUUACAGUUGAUUGAAAAAAAGUUGACUCUAAAAUUCAAUCAUUUCGAAAAUGUAUUAUUACAAACGAUUGCUGUGGCAACAGCGACAAUGCCAUUGGCAGGUGGAUUUGUAGGUAUUAUCCCUGCACUCCAAAUGCUAAACGAACAAGAAGCAGCUGCAGCUGGAAAACCAGUCGAAACACCAUCCUACCUGUCAUGGUGGGGUCUUACACUUUGGUCAUUCUCAUUGGCUUUUUUGGUAAAACAAACUAUUCUCGUAGAAAAGUUAAAGUUUCCAUCUGGUACUGCUACUGCUCAAAUGAUUAAAGUAUUACAUAAAUUAAAUAAUAAUCAAGUUAAUCAUGAAAUGUUUGAAAAUUCAUCAUCACCAAAUCAACAACAAGAUGAAAAUUUAUUAUUAGAUAGCAUAGAUAAAGAUCCAUUGGAUAGCAUAGAUAAUAGUCAAGAAUUAUUAAAUGAUAUAGAUAUGACAACAGACUCUUUUCAAGUGGAAUCAAUGACAAAUGAGAGUAACAAGGAAUGGAGUAAAAAAUGGAAAAUAUUAUUUAUUUCUUUUGGUGUAUCAUCUUUUUAUACAUUUCUCAGUUAUUGGGUACCGGCGGUAAAGAAUGUACCUAUAUUUGGUAUGUACUUGGCAAAUACUUGGAGUUGGUCAUUGACACCAUCACUUAGUUAUGUUGGACAGGGUAUGAUUAUGGGUCCCAAGACUGGUGUAUCAAUGAUGAUUGGAACGGUACUUGGAUGGGCUAUAUUGGGUCCGAUAGCACAUAGUAAAGGAUGGGCACCUGGAAAGGUACUGGAUUGGAAGCAUGGUGUUAAAGGAUGGUUAUUGUGGAUAUCUUUGUUUGUCAUGUUGGCCGAGUCGAUUGUAUCGCUGCUCGUCCUACUCGUCCAAAUGAUACGUGCGAGAAUGGGGUUACGUCCAGUCAUUGAUAGUCGUGAUCCUGCUAAAGAGUCACAACGUGUACCUCGCAACUGGUGGGUCAUCGGAUUGGUCAUCUCGUCGGCACUCUGUAUUAUCAUUGUUUCACCAUUAUUUGGUGUAAAGUUUUAUGAAGUGUUGGUGGCUGUUGUCCUAGCACUUCUCACUAGUAUCCUUGCAGUGAGAGCACUUGGUCAAACCGACAUGAACCCAGUCAGCGGAAUUGGAAAGAUAUCUCAAAUUGUAUUUGCUGGUGUCGCACCGCACAAUGUCCUCGCCAACCUUGUUGCAGGUGCCGUGGCAGAGGCUGGUGCACAACAAGCAGGUGACCUUAUGCAGGAUCUCAAGACUGGACAUCUUCUCAAGGCAUCUCCACGAGUCCAGUUUUUUGGCCAGUUGAUCGGUUCGUUCUUUAGUGUCUUUUUCGCAGUUGGUGCAUACAAGCUCUAUUCGACAGCCUACACAAUACCCUCACCCGACAUGCCCGCACCUACCGCCAGUAUCUGGCUCGACAUGGCGUUACUCGUCAACGGCGGCUCGCUAGCCGACCACGUCCUACCCUUUUGCAUCGUGUCGGCCCUUCUUGUCUCACUCAUCCCCAUCCUCGAAGCCAUCAACCCCAAACUCGAACACUAUCUCCCCAGCGGCAUCGCACUCGCCAUUGGCAUGUACGUCACACCCAACUGGACCAUUGCACGUUGUCUCGGAUCACUUGCCCAAUGGCUCUGGCACCGCUUCUUCCCCGUCACAGAAGGUGAAUACAUGAUCAUCGUUGCAUCUGGUUUUGUCCUAGGUGAAGGUAUCACCUCUAUUAUCACUGCAUUAUUAAGUGCCUUUUAA